AUGGCCUGUGCCUCCCUCACCCUUGUUAGGUUCAUGAAGUCUGAGGCAGAGGAAAAGUUGCAGAUUCAGAAGUUGCAGCAGAGGAAUGGGUCUGCACGCCUGCCUCCUCUAGCUCUGGAUAAGCUUGAUGCUCACAGGCCUUCAUCCACUGUGGUUAGCCAGUGCACAGGGUCUGAGGCCUCCCCUGGCACAGCCCAGCCCAGCGCGAGACCUACCCUUAGGGACCCUGCCUUCCCUGCUCCUGCCGCGCGCCUCCCUGAAGGGGACCUUCUGCAACUGACGCCUGAGGCCGUUAGAGGGCGGCAGUUCGCGCGCCCCAGAGCCUUGUCCCAGGAGGCUGUGCGCAUGCCAGCUCCAAUACUGGGACCAGAUAUGACCACGAAUCCUGGUGCCUCCAUGUCUCCUUUUGCUGCACUACCCUUUCCGCGACACACUCCCAGAGUCCCGCACCGAACACCCUGGGAGCGGCACCCGCUGCCCCUCAUGACUUCACCAUGCCCUCCAGGCAUCCCUCUGGGGCUCUCUGCUUUCCCCAGGACACUUCUGGUGCCAAGCGUUGGGGAUUCAGGCCCCAGUGGGGCCAGGUCUGGCAAGGUCAUUGUUCAAGUGAGGACAGAAGGGAGAUCAGCAGAGCUGCCUGGAAUUCAGACCUUUGUCAUGGUGCAGAACCCACUUAAUUGGAGUACCCCAGGGGCUGCCAGUGGGGCACUUGAGCAUGCUCCACCCCCUUUUGGGGAAGCCUCUGAUGUGAUCCCUGACACUUCUGUUGUGGGUACUCAGGCUUAUAGGGGAGUUUGGUCCCCAACUCUUUCUCUUCAAGCUCCACCACCAGCUGCCCAGCUGGCCUCCAUUUUCCCCCAAGUGAAGGCUUGCUCAGGCCAACAUGCUUCUUCUGGGAAGGAAAGCCUGGCUGCCACACAAUCCAGGCCUUCACUGGAUGACGCCUCCUGUAACUCCCAGAGUGUUUACCAGAACUACCGAAGUUGGCAAUGCUUCAAGUCUCUGGCCCGGAGGCACCAUCCCCAAAGCCCUGAUACAGAAGCUCUUUCCUGCUUUCUCAUCCCAGUCCUGCGAUCCUUGGCUAGACUGAAGCCCACCAUGACCCUGGAGGAGGGACUCUGGCGGUCUGUACAGGAAUGGCAGCGCAAAAGCAAUUUUGACCGGAUGAUCUUCUAUGAAAUGGCACAAAAGUUUAUGGAGUUUGAGGCAGAGGAGGAGUUAGAGAUUCAGAUGUUGCAGCAGAGGAAUGCGUCUGUCUGCCUCCUUCCUCCAGCUCCACGCAAUCUUGAUCCUCACGGGCCUUCAUCCACUAUGGUUGGCCAGCAUCCAGUGUCCAUUCCAAAGAAGGGAGGUUCCAUGGCACAGCUCCCUAAGCAACAUCGACACAGACCCCACCACCCUUGGGAGCCCAAGCGGUCCCAUGAAAUCCCUCCUGAAGCUGUCAAAGAGUAUGUUGAAAUCAUGGAAGAUCUACUGGGAACUGCCCAUUCAGCCACUGUGGAGCCAGAUAGGAAAUGUGAAGAAGAAGCAAAUGAGGAACAAGAGGAAGAGAAUGAGCUGUACCCAGACCCAAGACUCCUGAGCUACAUUGAGAAGCUGUGUGCACAGGAAGCAUUUAUCACCAAGGUAGAAGCAGUUAUUCACCCUCAAUUCCUGGAAAUGUUACUAUCACCAGAUUCUCAGGUAGAUCCCAUGUCCUUAAGGCAGGAGCUGGAGGAAGAGGAAGGACUCACUCUCACUCAGCUGGUGGAGAAGCGACUGCUGGAAUUGAAAGGAAAAGUGGGUGUGGAGGCACCCCCAACUUAUGGUGUGCCAACCAUGGAGUCACCUUGUACAGAGUCUGGGACCAGUCAAGACACAGGGAGCACAGAUAAGCACAGGACCCAACUACAGAUGAGCGAGAAAAUGAGCACAAAAAAGUUGGAUGCAGAUGAUCUACCAAAAGAUGGCAGUGGCUAUAGUCCUCUGUCUAAGUCAAAAGAACUUGCUCCCUUUACGUGGAGUCCCAUGUCACAGGAACUUAAGUCUGAACAAUCAGCUUCUCCUCAACGGGGUCCUGGUUGCACCUCCCUUAGAUUGGGAAACAGAGAAACCUUAAUGUCCUUACAAGCCUCUCCUAUUAGUGAAACACCUGGGAAAGGACAAGGGUCCAGUGAAGAAGAAAAGGAAGAGGAGGAUCUCCCCAGCCUUGACUUCCUCUUGGCAUCUCAAGAAAGCCUACUGCCCUGGAGUCUUUCCAAGAGUCCUCUGCCUGCCUCCAGCAUUCUGCACCGUGGAGUUUGGGGUACCUGGGGAGAAUCCCAGCCCCGAACUCCGAAGACAGUCAGUCUUAGCCAACCUGGACAUACAGCUGCCAAGCGUAAGACCCCAGCUCAAGUCGGAGCUCCAUUCCUCGCUGCAAAGCGGCCCUACUCAGGGGCUGACCUUGGAGUCUCUGGGAGGCAACCCUUGACUGUGGGUGAGGUCCAACUCUCACUGCCUCUAAAAAGAAAGUGUGACCCUUCCACUCAUGGAAAAAGGAGGAAGCAUCUUCUUAGCCAGUAG